AUGGCCAAGAAGAAGAAAGCUGCCCCCCGCGCCAUGACUCCCCCCAUACCCAUUUUAGAUAAUGCCGAAGAUGAAGACCUAAUGAACGAUCUACUGGCUCAACUCGAUUCGAAAGACAAUUCGAUGGACACUGAGUCGGCGAAAGUGCUCAAUGAUAUGGAACUGAACAAGCAGGCUGAUAAUAUCGACCGGGACAAUGCUAACGGGAAACGCAAGGAUCCGAAGGGACGGUUUAUUGCUCGUCAGGCCAGAAAAGCUGCGGCGUUAGCUAAGUCAUAUGCACCCGGCAACAAAGAUGAGGAUGCUAGACUGGAACGCGAAGCCAAGGAUGAGGAAAAGGCCAUCAAUAAAAUCUGCAACGACCUGAACGUCCAUCUCCACGAGAUUAACCCUGAUGGCCACUGCUUAUUCUCUGCGGUCGCCGACCAGCUAGCGCUCCUGGGCAUCGUACCAAAGUCCCAAGCCACCUACGUCCACGCUCGGAAGCAAGCUGCGGAUUACAUGGCCAGCCACAUCGACGAAUUUAUCCCCUUCCUCCCACCCCCGGGCGACGAAGAUCGGCUGAUGACUCAGGAGGAGUAUUUCAGCUAUUGCACGACCAUGCGUGAUACGGGGGUGUGGGGAGGCGAGCCAGAGAUUCUGGCAUUGAGCAAAGCGUACCAUGUAUCAAUCCACGUCAUCCAAAGCUCGAAGCCGUCAAUCGUAGUCCACGAACCCGAAGACAUGCCGCCCCCGAUACAGAAUGGGCGUGUGGUGCGGAUCAGUUACCAUCGCCGGAUGUAUGGGCUUGGAGAGCACUACAACUCUUUACGUCCGAACACGAGCUUCUCAGGUGCACUGCAAGCAAUUAUGCCCUGA